CACGUUGUGAUAACAGGAUCCUGAGGAAAAGUAUUUGUCGUCAGUGGAAAAUUCACCCGUUCAGUUCUCGACUUACUCAACGGGAGACAAUAUCACUACCAGAGUCGUUUGUCAAAUAUUGUACAGAUUGUACAGAUUUGUCAAAGUCUGAUGGUCGCGUGGCGAACCUAUGAGGUACUUUGAACCCCUUUGCGAAGAAUAGGUACGCCACGUUCUUCUUUGUAAUCACGAAUCCACUAUAUACAUGUACACAGAAUGCCUAGAGUUACCCCGAGGAGUUGAACACGGAUCUGGAGGUGAAUACGAGAUCGCUAAAGGAAUGCGGCAAGAGUUUCAUACGCAUCUGUAUCGUAUCUCAUGUCAUAACAUUUUGAAGUAUCUCAUGCGGAGCCAAGUAUGUUUGAGUCCUAAAGUACCGCAAUGAGUCAAGCCAAAAGCCCCAAACUGCAUAGGCCGACUAGGCGAAGCUGGGGAUACGGGACCGAAGGCCGGCCGGAGAGCCCCCUUGCUCGUCCGUCCAGUCCCCACCUCAGCACCCACGCAGGGACCAGCGCGAAACAGGCCUGGCUGUCGCCGGCGUCUGAACCCAGCACCCCCCGAAGUCAUGUCCACUCGGCGCGCAACCAUCCAAACUCUCCGAAGCCGGUCCGCAAAAUCUCCGCAUCGUCAUCGAUUCCGUCCAAGCUGAACAGGACCUACCCCUUCGGUCGCCACUCCGACAUCGAAUACUCGUCCGGGGAAUCGGAUGGUCGGAGCGGUUACGAUUCCAACGACGGAGCCGCAUCGGCUAACAGCACCGCGACCAGCAGGCGGGAACGCAGUCCGCGAUACUACCCGAUGUACGACAACGAUUAUUCGUCGGGUGGGAAUCCCAGUCCCGCAAUCUUUUACCACGACGACGAGUACCCUUACGACGGGAGCCUAAGCAGGUCUGGUUAUGCCUACGACAGGUCGAACGUCUACCAAUGGAAUUCAACUCCCUUCUUUCAGUCUGGUGCAUCUUCCUUCCAUUACAGUACGCCUGCAUAUGCGUAUAGUGAUGAUUUCGAAAGAGCAGCCGAAUUGGCAAGAGAAGCAAAGAAAGCGCAACAACUGCAGGCAUAUGUAGCCUGGGUGAACUCACAGCUGAAGAAGCGGCCGGGAUGUCGCAUCGUAGAAGACCUGAGACGGGACAUGCAAGAUGGCGUCCCGCUUGUUCAUCUGGUGGAAAUAGUCUCUGGUGAGACCCUGGCCAGGGUGGAUUACAACCCCCAGACCACCACGGCGAUGAGGGAUAACGUGGAGCGGGUGCUUCAGUUCAUGGCGUCGAAGAGGAUCCGCAUGCACCACACCUCAGCCAAGGAUAUUGUUGACGGCAACCUAAAGGCCAUCAUGAGGUUGAUCCUGGCUCUAGCCGCCCAUUACAAGCCCAGCAGCGUCAAGCAGACACCCCAGGUGGCCAGCAGCUCUGCUGUCCCCACCACUACGCCCACCGGACGAAAAGCGCAGCGCCAGGCCUCUUUUGUUGCCAUGGCGGCCAAUGCGGCGGCAGCCAUCCAUGAUGUCAGGAAGGAGGCGGCUGGGGCGGGGUCAUCCCUACGGCGAUACAGAGAGCAAAGAGGAAUUGGUCUACGGAGUCGCAAUUCAACUUCCCCGGCCACUAAGGAGCAGAUACAGCAGAGGUUAAGAGCUAGCUCGAGCUCUGACAGUGAGCGCCCAGCUUCCAGGACCAGCCCCCUCCCAUCCAUGGUGGCGUCAUCACCCAGCCCCACCCCGAGCAACGUGACGCGGUCCAGCGACCGUUCCAUCACGAGCAGUCCCAGGCUGCACGUGGGCAGCGUCCCUGCGAUGUCUGACUCGGACCAAGGCAGCCCGGAGGAGGGCAGAUCCAGGUCGAGUUCACGACGUUCUUCUAUCGCAUGGAGUGAGGCGCUUCUUGAAGAGCAUAAUGAAAUGACAACCGACCUGGAGACUACGAAGAAAAUGCUGAACCAGUUGCAAGAAUUGUUACUGAGCGGUAGACUCCAAGACGAUGACGGCAGCUCUGAGGCAGAGGAGGAUCAGAUGAUGUUUGAGGGAUCCAACGCCAAGGAACAAGUGGUCGUUCUGCAAGCCAGGCUGCGUCAGAGCCAAGAGGAAUGCGGCCAACUCAAGACGGAGCUCUCCAAGACCAAGCAGGAAUGUCGCAAUCUGCAGGGGACCAAGGCCGGGCUCCAGUCUCGACUAACGGAGCAAGAUAACGCCCUCCUCCAGAUGAAGGCGGAGCUUCUGAGGGUGGGCUUCACCCAACAGAACCAGGAUGCCGAAAAGACGGACCUCAAGAGGCGAUUGGAGGAGAAGGAGCGGAUGACCUCCGACCUGACCCGGCAGCUGAAUCAGAAGGACGACCUUCUGAAGCAACAGCAGGAGCAGAUCGAGAGUCUGACGCAGCAGCUGCAGGAACUCAACUCCUUCAAGACGGAACUACAGAACCAGCUGGAGAACAAGACUAACUCUGGAGACUACCAGCUGCAGACCCAGCUGCAGGAGUUGACACAACGCCUGGACAACGUCAACAUGGCCGAGGCAAAUCUCGCCGCUCACAUCACCUCCCAGGACAGACAGUUGAUGAAGCUCGAGGACCGGAUGCACAGUAGCACGUUACUCCCAUUCAAAGAGGGCUCGGAGGAGCUUCAGACGAUGCGGAGCGCCCUCCGGAGUCUGAGGUCCAACAUGAGCAGCCACGACCCCAACCACCACCCGUUAGACACACUAGAACAGGGUAUAUGCACCUUAAUGGACCAUUUAUCUGUGUCCAAACAGCGUGGAAUGUACAAAGACAGUGACACAAGUUCCACGGAGAGUCUCUCUAAGAGAUACUCAACAGAUAGUAACUCACAAGAACUCAACCACCGCUCAUCUCAUCAACACUCAAACUACGGCAAGCCCCGUGCCUCUUCAGUCUCCUCCUCUGGUAGCAACCCCUCUGCCUGCACCAAGGUCCUGUACUUUACCGAGAGAACAGUAACGCCCUUCAUGAACUCCAUCCCUAAAAGGCUGGGGGAGGUCACUCUGAGGGAUUUCAAGCAGAUAUUUGACAGGGAAGGCAACUUCCGAUAUCACUUCAAAGCGCUGGAUCCGGAAUUUGGCACCAUCAAGGAAGAGGUUGUGGACGACGACGCCAUUCUCCCCGGCUGGGAAGGGAAGAUCGUAGGUUGGGUGGAGCAAGAUAAUGGCUAGAUCCACUGGGAGGAUGCACACAGGAAAGAACAGCUUCUCUGUCAGGUGCUAAUUCUCAGUAUCCCGCGUGUGUGUUUGUAUUUUAGCAGUUUUUGUGUCGUUGAAAAUGUUGGAGACACCUGUUGGUGUGUUGAAGCUGACAUGGCGUGCAUUGAGGAGAAGAGGCUUGAAAAAUGUGCCUUUUGCUCAGAAAGAGCAGGUUCUGAAUAUUAAAUGUGGCCCAAAUUUGCAGGAUUCUGCUGUGGAAGUGCAGAAAUCCACCCAAAGGUUGCUACAGUGUGCUUGCUCUGAAAAUGCAAAGAACGUCACUUCUUUGAAAUGUGGUAAAAUGCACAAACUUCCAAAAGAGAUAAAAACUGAAAGUUCUUGCUGUUUAAAUGCCAGCUGAAGACGGUCGCACAAGUAGACAUGCUUGCCAUACGCAGCGUGCAGAGUCACAAAAUCAGACCUCUCUAGGGGCUCAUUCUCAGGGUCUGGCACCCUGACUCUAUGAUACAGGAGCAUUUAGAGAACUCUCCUGAUUCUAGAAGUUACAUGUGUGUAAGCUGCAUUUGAAUCCACUGGCUGCGGCUAGGAGCUACACACACUUCUAUGGAAAGUGGUUGCAGCCGCUAGCCAAUAUAACCUUCCUUCUGGUACAGAUGGUUGUUCAAACCACAAGCCGUAACUUUCAAGACUCUUCAGUCUUUCCAGUCCAAUACAUUUUGCUGGGGAGGGGGGAAAGUUGGCUGUAAAUUUUAAAUUCGAUCAGACAUUGGGCUUUGUUAUGGGCAAAGUUCAGGCCCUGACAUGCAUCAGCCCACGUAGAGUUUGGAGGGUGAUUCCGAUCUUCAAAGUGUUCAUAAAAUUAGUGUCCGAGUGAUUUUUAAGACAUCAUUGGGUAAACUCCUGAAGGCUUGGCACAAAAGAAAGCACAGCAACUAUCUCAGAGAAAAUGCCUGAGGGGGGGAUUUAAGACCUCCCGUAGCUCAAGAAAACAAACCAGCGUGUCUCGUCAUUGGCUGUUUGUUUGAUUGCUUUUCUUGACAAAAUGACAGCCGUUUAUUUACAUUCCAUCCUCAAAAAACCAAAUGCUCCUGUAUUAAUACUGAGACUUGUACAUAUUGUGAAUCUUACAAGAAACUUUAUCACUCUGAAGAAAAAACAUAUACGGCUUUAUAUUUCAUCCGAAGGCUGAGUGUGAAUACUUUUUCUCUCUGAAUGUUUCCAAAAGUAUUUCUGUGUUUGCCGUUGAGAAAAACAAAAUGACACCGACAGUGCAACUUGUUUUAAUCUUUAUAUUUAUCUGAAGAUGUUGACAGUUUUAAUGGUAUCUUUAAAAAUGCAUUGUACGCAAGUAGUCUGCGUGUUUACGCAUGGUUUGUUGUGCACGAUCUUUAAAUAUGAGGGACGAGUUUCAAACCUUUACUUGCGAGUACUUGACGACAAAAAGUAUUCAAAUAUUUUAACCGAUGAGGGGGUGCUUCUGCUCCAGGCGGACAGUGCGAAUUACUGUCAUCUUAAACCCUACUCCCAUAAGAGGCAGGCAUGGACAAAACGUAUUCGCCAGUGAUGAUUAGAUACGGUCUUUGAUAUUUUCCCAACUGUUUUAAAAUGUUUGCCAGAAGUAAUGUAUCGUUCUAAAACAUUUAAUAGCUCGAUCUAGACUCGGGGCUUAGAGGCCGCAGUUGUCAUAAUGGCAAAUUUGGCAAUGACAUACCAAAUAAGAACGACCCUCGUCCCCAAAAAAGUGUUACUUGAACACUAUUCCCAUUCACUGUAGAGGGCUGCAUGGAAGCAUUGAACUCUCACAAAAGGUAGCCAGAGUCUCCUAAAAUGCAGUCCAAAUUUCCUACGAUGAAAUGUGGACUUGCACCAAGUAGCAAACACAAAAGCCAAUACAAAUUGUCUUCAGUACUCUUUUCUUGAAACCAAAGCGUUGUUUAAAACAAAGGUACUACUUUCUGAAAGCAGAUGGAAUCAUUAUUAAAGAAAUGCCGAAGGCCGUCCCAAAAUGGGCAGAAUCACUGAAAUGGUUACAAUACGGGAAAACAUGCACAAGAAAGUGUAUUGCUGAAAUACAUAUUCACACUUCUAAAAGUGACUGAUGUGAAAAAAUUGUUGGAAUAUGGAUUUCGUAUACAAAGUACUAGGGGUCCUAUUGUUCACGUACAGCCAAUUGGUCACUCAAGGCAACAUUUGGCAUUAAUUUAUGGUAUUUCUUAAAGAUGUUACUUUCGAAACUGUUUUAAAAAACCACCGAAGGACAGACGCCUGAAUGGCAGGAGAUGUGACUUAAAACAAACCUGAACAAAUCAGACCAGAUCUUCAGUUUUUUUGAAGCCAGUGAACAGGGGCAUAGUGAAGGCAUUCUCUUCGGAAGGAAGGUGUGCCAGAAUCAAGUUGCAGACUUGUUCACCAACUGUGUGUCUCGUAAAAUUCACAAAGUGCGGAAAAUGGAAAUCCGUGGUACACUACAUGUACAUUUAAUGUUUAUGCACCAAUUCUGGAUUCAUUUACCGACCGGAGCUCCAUUUGCCGACUGGAAUUAAUUAUUGGGGGCCACACCCCUCUGGUCGCUACGCCCCUGCUAGUAAAUUUUGUGAUCCCUACUUUCUUUCGCCCAAUUCUGGAUCCGCCCGUCCUACCCCCACAACCAAACUCACGUCCACCAUAUUUAUAAUAGUAAUGUCAUUAUUAAACUUGCUGUGUACAAACCAUUCAUCAGUUGGACAUAACGUGUGCCAGUGUGUGAGGUAUUUAUUUCGUAGUGUUAUUUAAUCCAGAAAGUACUCCUUUUGUCACAUUUUUGUACAAAUGUGAACGACUCAAACGCAGAACAAAUAAAUGGUGCACAAUACACCAGCACAAAGGAAAGUU